AAUGAAUAUAAUAAUUCAUGGUGUUUUGGGUAAGGAAGAAGUGAAUAGAAAAUGGGUUGUUGGAGCAUAAGCUGCUGCUGCAACAUAAAGUUUCACUCUACAAAUACAAAUGCUAUACUCCUUCCCCCACCCUCACCCUCUCGCUUUUCCAUAUCAUUCUCUCAUCCUCUACUCUCCGCCCACAAUCACAACCAUAAUGGAAUUCGAAUUUCCCUUCGCUCACCAACCAAACUUCGCGCCAAAUUUGAGAAAUUCGAAGCCCAACCUUCACAAGACCCUCAACCUUCAUCAUCCUCACUAGAAACUAUUACUACAGAGGAUACUUCGGUUAAAAAUAGUAACGACGAAGGCGACAGUUGUUUACCUCCAGACUUGGAGGGUGCUGUGAUACAAUCAAGUCAGGCCGCAGCAUCAUUUGUAUCUUCAGGAGGAUUGAGAGCCACUGUUGAACUUUUAAUUCCUCAACUGCAAUUUUUAGAUGAUGAAGGCGCACAGUUGGAGCUCUGGGAAUUGUCAAGACUGUUUUUGGAUACACUUAUUGAAGAAACAGAAUGUCAGAAAGUUAAAGCCAUAUUUCCAGAUGCUGGUGCAGCAGCUCUUCUAAAAUAUCGGUGGAAAGAUGCUUUGUUUAGUUUUGCAAGCUUAAGUGAUCGAAAGCCUGUAGACAGUGGUGAUGAGAUGGUGGUUAUGAUUGUUCCUGAUUAUCAGAUGUUAGAAUAUGUAGAGAAAAUUGCAUCUACUCUCUCUGAUGAUCCACCAAGGCCCCUAAUCAUGUGGAAUCCACGCCUGGUUAGCGAGGAUGUCGGGGUUGGAUUUAAUGUACGGCAGUUAAGGCGAUUCUUUUUAAGCACUUUUACAUCUGUCUAUUAUAUGCGACCUAUGCCAUUUGGUGCAGUCUUUCGGUCUUAUCCCGGAUUGUGGAAAGUGUUCAGUGAUGACAAGGAUAGGCCAAAUAGGUAUUUGCUUGCAAAGGAAUAUGCCAACCGUCCCGAUGCUGAAGAUCUUGAGGUUUUAUUUGACAACAAUGAAGAACAAAAAUCAGAGGAAGGAAAGAGUCUGCUUGACAAAGCGGCAGGUGUCUUCUCUUCGAUUAACCGGUUCAUGAAAUCUAUGUGAUGAUUCUUCAUUGAUGAUGCUCUUUCACACUUGUUUACAUUCGUGAUUCAUGUAAAUUUGUGUUUCUUCAAAAUUAAUUUUAGAAAACUACAGCUUGUAUCAUAUGCUAUAAUGCACGUAUUCAUAUUGUGAUAUGUUCCACUAUAUAGAAUGACACGAGUAAGAAAGUGACUUCCUCUUA